CGGGCCGUGCGCGGCCGGAAGCGGAAGUGAGUGCGCUGGUAAUCAUGGUGCCGCUGGGGUGGGGAAGGAGGUGCCGCCGCUGCCGGGAGCUCGAUGAGUCGUUACGGUCUAAGCUCACGAUAUCGCACUGAGAGGCGGUGAGCCAUGGGGGAGAACAGUCCCGAAGGCAACAUUAUCUACUAUGAAGUAGAGGAAGACGAUUUAACCCAAGAUGACAAUAUGAUGAGGUUUGCUGAUAAAAACGGGCUGGUUUCUUCGUCACCUGGGACGGUCUAUGACAGGACAACUGUUCUAAUAGAGCAGGACCACAGCGUGUUGGAAGAUGACGAGGAUGAAGGACAGUGUGGUGAUCACUUGCCUUUUUUACCAGAGGGUCAUGAAGAAGGAUUUCAUUUAAUAGCAGAUCAUGAAGGAAUGUCCCAGGGUUAUGUGCAACAUAUUAUUUCUCCAGAUCAGAUUCAUCUAACGAUAAAUCCUGGUUCAACUCCUAUGCCAAGAAAUAUCGAAGGAGCAACGCUCACUUUGCAGUCUGAAUGCCCAGAAACCAAGCUUAAAGAAGUUAAGAGAUACCAGUGCACCUUUGAGGGCUGUCCGCGCACCUAUAGCACUGCCGGAAACCUGCGCACUCACCAAAAGACACAUCGUGGGGAAUAUACUUUUGUCUGCAAUCAAGAAGGCUGUGGCAAGGCCUUUCUUACCUCCUACAGCCUCAAAAUCCAUGUUCGAGUGCACACUAAGGAAAAGCCGUUUGAAUGUGAUGUGCAGGGCUGUGAAAAGGCAUUCAAUACACUGUACAGGUUGAAAGCACAUCAGAGGCUUCACACAGGGAAAACAUUUAACUGUGAAUCAGAAGGCUGCAGUAAAUACUUCACAACGCACAGUGACCUGAGGAAGCACAUUCGAACACACACAGGAGAAAAGCCAUUUCGGUGUGAGCAUGACGGCUGUGGAAAGGCUUUUGCUGCAAGCCACCACCUUAAAACGCAUGUUAGGACACAUACUGGGGAGAAGCCCUUCUUCUGUCCCAGUAAUGGCUGUGAGAAGACUUUUAGUACACAGUAUAGCCUGAAGAGUCACAUGAAAGGUCAUGAGAAAGGACAUGCCUAUAAUGCACUUCCCAAUAACAAUGUAUCUGAGGAUACAAGCCACUCACUUUGUCUGAGUGACUUAAGCCUCAUAUCAACAGAUUCAGAAUUGCGGGAGAACUCUAAUCCAACACACGGACAAGACCUUAGCACAAUCUCACCAGCAAGCAUCUUUGAGUCUAUGUUUCAGAGCCCGGAUCACACUGCAAAUCAGGAUGACUCUCAGCAGACAGCUGCCUUGAUUGAAGGUUUUAACGGCGAUGCAGACUCAGUCACUGCUGUUCCGCCUUCUGCAGGAGACUCGGCAUCGUUGUCUCUUCCACUUGUACUGCAGCUUGGCAUCUCUGAGCCUUCGCAUUCAGCACUACAAGCCUCAGCAGCACCUGCUGCUCCCUCCUCCAUAGGAACCAGCUCACAGCAAGCUGCAUUUGGAAAUCCUGCAACUGUUUUACAAUCCCCAGAAGUGCCUGUUCCUCACAGCACACAGUUUGCAGCCAGUCACCAAGACUUCCUGCAGCAUACUCAGACACCGCCACAGCCCAUUGUACAAGGACUUUCAGUGGUUGCUGGGGCAUCUGCCCCAACAGCAUCAAGUGCCACUGAGCCCCUGCCAGCUGUAGUUCAGACUGUGCCUGUUGGUGCGAACUCGGUUCUGACCAGUAAUCCAACUAUAACAAUUACUCCUUCUCAGAGCACCGCUAUUCUGCAGUCCAGCAUUGUCAUGGGAGAGCAAAACUUACAAUGGAUCUUAAAUGGUGCCACCGGUUCUCCACAAAGCCAAGAACAAAUGCCACAAGUUCCAAAAGUAGUAGAAAAGGUUUUUUUUACCACUGCAUUACCAGUAGCUGGCAACACAGGAAACCCUGUUCAGCAGAUUGGUCUCAGUGUUCCUGUCAUUAUUAUAAAGCAGGAGGAGGCCUGCCAGUGUCAGUGUGCCUGCCGAGACUCUGCCAAGGACAAAGCCACCAUUAAGAAGGAAUGUUCCUCACCUGAUCCAAAAGCUUUGGAGCAGCCAGCUCCCCAGCUGCAGCCUCAGACCUUUCCUUCCUCUUCCCCUUCUCCUUCAUGUGGGCAGAGCAGUCAGAUAGUUAACGCUUCAGACUCACAGACUGAAACAUUAAGUGCCAUGGAUGUAUCGGACUUCCUGUCCCUCCAAAGCCCUGAAACCCCAUCUAAUAUAAUUCCAAUUGAAGCACUACUGCAGGGUGAGGAAGAAAUUGGUUUGAAUAGCAGCUUCUCUAAGUGAAGAUGUUCCAGAUUUUCCUUUGCACCUGGAGGGUAAAACCCUUCUCCUUAGAAGCAGAAACUGAAGGAUCAAUUCUUUUUCCUUCCUUCUUGGAAGUUUUGUGGCUUAUUUCUGCUUCACAGAUGUCAUCUUAGUCACGUCCCAGGUACAUCCAUCUUUGAGAAUCUAUCUAAAAAAAGAAAAGGUAAAAAAAAAAAAAAAAAGAAAAAGCUAAGUUAUAUAUGAACUGUUUUGGCUGCACUGUCUGUCACUUUUGCUUGUCAUAUGUGAACACAGAAGUUAAGGUUACUCGUGUGCAAAAAGAUUUUAAAAAGAAAAAGGGGGUUUAGUUUGUCUCCAGUUGCACAUCACUUAUGUUUGGGAUUAAGGUACUGGCAGCAAGUGGGUCUUUGUUACAACUCCUUGGGUCUAUAAUUUUCUUCUGUCUCUUAUGUCUGAUACUAACCAUGCACUAUGAGGGGAGCCCAGGGAAGGAAUUUGCUGUAGUAGAAAAUGGCAUUAUUGUAGAAGAUGAUUUAUCUGCAAUUUUAUUGGAAUGCGAUUGUCACAUCACUGAGUUGGGAACUGAUGCCUGGGUUUGCUUUGUACUAACGCUGUUACUAAAGCCUACAGAAACUUCUGGGGAGUUUAUUUCAGUAGAGCACAAGUACCUUGUGCUCCUGAUAGAUUUGUUCAUUUAAUUUCAUUAGGACUUAAAAGUGUGGUGGCAGACACUGUUUCACAACAUGGAAACACAAUUGGAGCCCCUGCUUACUCAGGCUCGAGUCUGUUUUCUUUGCCUCUCUUUGAAGGAUGCAGUGAGUCCCAGAUGUAGUCAGAUUGGUGCCUGCUGCUCUUUUGAUUUAUUUGGCUCUGUUCGGAAAAAAAUCAUCCUCUUAACCCCCGUGACUGUUUAAUCAGGAGCAUGGUGCCUUUGCUGGUUACUCUCACCUGUCAAGAACAACUCUAGGAAAAUUUUCAGAAUGAUUCAACAUAAAUUCAGUUUGAAUUCAGUGAGUCUAUCCUUCAGCUGUCCAUAAAUGCUUUCUUUUUUUUCUGUUAAGCUAUAUAAUUUCUGCCUAAAUCUGCCUCCAACCUACUGCGAUGCCAGCUUUUUGUGCACGGGGCUAUUUCUUGACGAAAAGAUGUUACACAACAUAGUAGUUUUUCAUAUCAAACUGAAAGUCUAUAUUCUAACCUACUCAGGGUAAAUAAAACACAAACCCCCCUUCCACCAAAAAGCCUGUAAUGUUGCAAUAAAUGCAGUCUCAUUCUAAAUGGUUUAUUUAUGCUGCAUUAUUUUAAAAGAUGUAAUUUUAUAGUGUUUUAUCCAUCUUUCUGGCUUUGGCUGUCAGUCUUUUGUGUUAAAGGAAAGAAUAUUAAAUAGACUUUAUUCAGUUUACAGUGUUGUCAUUAGUGAGAUACAAAGAUAAUGACUGUAAGCCAAUUAAUGUGUAGUGUCUCUGCGCACUAAAUUUAGGAAUGCCAGCUCCUAGUGGAUAGAGAUCUUUCACUCUUUGUUUGUAUUUGAUCAAAGCUGCUCUCUGUACCUGCUGGGGGGAGAAUUGUAUGAGUGCAGCUAGACCUCCCCAGGAUGCUGGAUGAUUAGCAGGGUUUUUUUAACCCUCUUGUGACAUGCUCUGUGUAGCCUUACCAACACUGUUGUCGCAGCUUUAGCUGAGACAGCGGCUUAAAUGAUCUCACGUGCUAUUCCCAUGCGAAUGCGGUGCCACAGCACAGAUGGAAAUGGGUUGAAGGGAACUGGCUUUUCACCUCUGUGACAACUGUCUUCCAGUUGUUAAAGUGCAGAAGGGUAAAACUGUGUCCCGUUAGGGUGAAUGUGAGGGAGAAGAGGCUGUGCAAAGAAUGCUUUGUGCCUGGGAGGUGUUGUGUCACUCUACUAGGGCAGAGUGCUCUGUUUUGGUAAUUGCAGUGAUGAGCCUGCAGUGAUGGGGACACCAGCUGAACUGGAAACAUGCUAAUUGUGUUUCCUUUCUGUGCGCGUUGGUGUGUGUUGUAGUGCUGUGCAGUGCUAUCGCAGCAGGGAUGCGGGUCCUGCGGCAAUAAGGUUUGCAUCCACGAAACAUGAAUUAACAAAGUGUUUUAUAUUCUGUUCUUGUAAUGGUAAUCCCUAGAGGGCAGUGAGAUGGUGGCCCCCUUUGUUUUUUUCCUACAGCUUCAUUUUGUGAUGCAGUUUGGUUGCACAGCAGCAAGAACUGCUUUGAACACAAAAGAAAUUGUCUCAAACCUGUGUGGCUGGGACUGUCCUCACAGGGAUGAGUCUCCUGCCAGCUCUCUUGCAUAGAGCUCCGCUUCAGAAUAGUGCGAGCGGUGCCUGGGGCUGUGGGGGGGGGUCCCCAUGGGGCACAGGCCACCGUGUGGCGCGUAGUGCAGCAGUGGUGUUUGAGGGUGAGUGGAUGUAUGCAUGUGUGCAUGUUGGAGACUCUGCUAAUGCAGGAGCAUGUAGAUUCCCCUGGAGUUGUGGAGUUUUCUCUGAUGGGGACAAGGGUACCAGAUGUGGCCUGAAAUGUGACAGCUGGGGGAUUUAGCAACCUCUUCUGAGCCGUUCUGUCCUUCAGGGAGGCGUUUUUCCAUGCUACUUUUCCUACUCCUGAUUUAGUCCACCUCAAACACGCUUCUGGUUGGACCAGAUAGCAUCUUCAGAAACUCCUUUGUGACAGAAAUGAGUAUAAGAAUCUACCAAAGGCUUUGAAAUCGGAAGCUAAUUUGGAAGUGUGGUGAUUGGCAGCAGUGAGGUGCUGCACAUGUCCUUUCUGAGUGGGUGUCAGAGGUUCACCUCUCUGCUGUUUUUCUCUUUAUAGCUACUGUUUUCUAUUGGUGUGUUCUAAGAAAAGCAAUGUGUUCCAAGUUUAUGCUGACUUUUAGGUGCAUUGGGUUUGCCAUUACUCUCUUGUAUGUGCAUCAGGCAGGCUGCAAUUUAGGUGGAACUAAUUAGAGCUUGUAAUGAGGCAAGAGCAGUGUGAUUUUGUGAACUCACAGGCUGCUGCACCAUGGACUGUGCAACCCACCCGAUUGCAUUGUACAGAUGUGUGCUUUUGUUGUUUAAUCGUUGGUCUGCUUUCCAGAGUGUUCCAUGCUGCAUGUAUCUGAUAUGUUUCACAGUGGACAUUUGCAUCAUCCCCAGUGCUGUGUGAUCCAACAUUGUGCUGCUGGGGUGGUCAUUAGCAUGCUUGGAUGGGAGGAGAUCCAUGAGCAGCUGGCAAGAAAGGGCAGUCGCAGCAAAGCCCUGAGAUUCCUCGAUGUCAGAGAAUUUUCUGUCCUUCUCCCCUUGUCGCCCCAGCAUUUAGCAUAAUCACAAUAACAUUUUUAAUAGAGGGGAGAUUUUCAGCUGUUGCAGAUCUGUUAAGAUGUUGAAUUCCCAGAAAGGGGCAUGUUCUGUUAAUACACUGCAGCCUCUGAGAAUAGUGUGCCCUCCCUCUGCAAAAUCUGCAUCUCACGAACCCCUUUAAUUAUGAGUCAGAGAGCAAAACUGCACUGCUCUGGGUCAUUCUGUGUUAAGGGUUUUGCUGUUUUGUGGCUUGUGGGGAUUUCCUUGGUUACGUGCAGUUUCUAGAUGGGUGCAGAAGCUUAAACACGUAGAAUGGGUCAAAUUACCAACAUUGGUAGCUCAAGCUGCCAAGCAGUGACCCAAGCAAGCAGACUUGGCGUGCAGUUGAAGGCUGUAGAAGUUGCUUUUCAUGCUUGUAGGCGGUAGAGGGAUGGAAAAUCAGCACUGUUUAAAUGCUGGUACUGAAUUAUAUAGAACAAAGUAUGAACUGGGCACUUCUGUAAUGCUGACUGUGUCCAGAAAGACUAGUUCGCAGAACCUCAUACUGGUAUCUAAAAUGCACUUUAGGUUAUUUUAUCUUUAACCCAAUUGCUGCAAUUUCUUUUGUAUAUACUUUCACAAAGUUUAUUUUUGCUCUGAGUAAAAGUUAACAGGGGUGUGCAAAGAUGAGCACUUAACUUGGUGCAAUACUUGUAGCUAAAGAUCAUUGUCCCAUGUGGUCGGUCUGUCUGUGUCUGUCUAACUGAAAAUAUAUAGUAACUAGCUCAGUGACAUACUGCCCUUCCCUGUCUAUACCCAAGAGAAAUUAUGCAUCAUUAGCAAACGUCCAAUCUAUGCAAAUACUCCACUGAGAGCACUGUGCUUUAGCAGGCCUUUUCUCUCACGCUUUCUGGUGGGCUGCUUGUCACUUCUGUUGGACACAGCUGUGUUCCUUGGUGUAUAUCCUUUCUCCCUUGUCCUCAGCUCUGUUCUGCCACACAAGUAUGAACAGAAGUGACAAGCUGUUCUGAAACAGGCAUGUUGCACCUUUAAAAUUUGUCUUCGAGAUCGUUUUUGAUGUCAUGUUAUCUGCCUUACUUCAUGGAGGAUGGCACGUCUGUAGUCAUCCAAGAUAUUGUUUUUGCAACUGCAGCAACAUUGUUAAACUGUUUACAGUACUCUUCCUGCACCAAUUAUAAAUAAGGCUCGGAGAACGAACUAAAGACUGGCCUGUUGGUUGUGGAACUGCUGGGGGAGAUUAGUUAAGGUUUAAUUGACCUUGGAGUUGAUUGGAGAUGAAAAGCUGUUCCUGAUUUUGGGGAGGGAGCACAGCUGGCAACUGAAAUGAGAGGCAGCCAGGUCUGUGUUGUAGAGCAGAUAGGAGCUUGGUGUCAUGUUCUUUGUUCUGCCGCUGGCUGGCUGUGAGACCUUGGGCAAGUCACUUCACCUCUCCAUGCCUUGGUUUCCUCCCUGUGAAAUGAAGACAAUGAAACUUGUCUUUGUAAGAUGCUUUGAGAUCUAUGGGUGAAAAGUCCUUGGCAUUAGUGAUCUGAGCUAGCUGGGCAGAACUGUUAGACUCAAUUUGGACUGUAAGGCAAAAAAAAAAAAAGCAUGUCUUUAAUAAACCCUACAAAUUUCUGAUUGCAUAGUUUUUAAUUGUACACUAUUUUUUCCGUAACAUAUUUUGGAAACAAUGUCAAGUUUUUAUAAAUGUUACCUGUAGUUGAUACUCAUGGACAGGGCUGAACUUUUAACUUUUUUGCGUCUUGUCUUGAUAUAUAUCAUAUGUUCUAGAAGUUGGAUUCUGUGUCUGCACUGAGAAAUGCAAAUUAAACUGGAUAUUUAUGUAGUAGUGUACAUAGUCUAAGUGUGUGUGUUCUUGGAACUAGUUUAAAAAUCCCACACCAUGCUUUUGGUGGUGUGCAAGCUGGCCAAAAUUUGGUUCAUUAUGCAGUGUACACUUUCUCAAAUAAAUGCAGUUUCUACUUUUUCUUAAAAGAAAUUUUUUUCAUAUGAUCUUUUUCAGCAAAAUCAAGGGUAUGUUUUUGCAGUACCGUAGUUACAGUAGCUGGUAUUUCUUGCUGUGUAGCUUUGUGUCCUUCCACUUGCUUACUGAAUCGGAGCUAUCUGUCUGACCCUUGUUUUGGAGAGAGAGAGUUGCAGUUCUAUUUCACACAGACCAACGUCGGCGCAGCAGGCAGGGAUGUGCAAACCUCAAGCCUGGUUAGUUACCGAAGUCGUCUUCAGCAUCGACAUCUGCAGCAUUGUCAAACCAGGAGGUCUAGGAAAACCGUAGGUUGUCCACUUACUGCUUUUGUUUUGUUUGACACUUAUGGGGAGCUGGGCAAUGGUCUUGGAGAUGACAAAAUAAAGGAACCCCAGUUUUUCAAGAAUGUGUGUAUGGUAUUAAAGGAAUUUAUUUAACUAUGAAACAUGGGAACAAAUGUGCUUACAUUGAGCAAUGUGAAGAUGUUAGUUACAGGUACAGUACUUCCAAAGGAAGAGCAUCUCCAAAACCCAAAAAAGAGUAAAUAUGAAUUUGUAUUUUUUGAAGAAUGUAAAAUGUGAAAUAAUGGUGUUUGCUUAAUUGCUCAUUUUGUAUGAAGUUAAUAUUGUACUUUGAAAUAUCUGCAAAGAAGUGGAAAUUAACUUUUUUGGAAUUGAAAGCAAUAUUAAUACUAAUGGAAUCCUAAUUAAAUGCUUAUUUAAAUGUUG